AUGGUGAUCAAUGUGGUGAGUGCUUCUUGCAAGCGUAAAGACAUGCUUCGACAAAGUUACAAAGAUAGAGUGCAAGAAGCAAUUGGUAAGUGUGAAAUUGAUACUGGAAAAGGAAAAUACCAAGAGUUUUCUCUUAUACGAGCCGGAGAUACACGGUGGGGUUCUCAUUACAAAACCAUUUUGAGCUUGAUUGCUAUGUUUCCGAAUGUUGUUGAAGUGCUCCGGUAUGUUGAAGAGGACGGGGAUAAUGGUUUUAGUCGCAUUCAAGCAACUGGUAUUUUAGCAUAUUUGAAGACAUUCGAUUUUGUGAUUUAUUUGCAUUUGAUGUUUCAUAUUUUAGAGGUCACAGACUUGUUGUCACAGACUCUUCAAAAAAAGGAUCAAUAUAUUUUGGAAGCGGUUUCAUUGAUAAGAGGAACCAAACAACUAUUGCAACAAUUUGGAGAAACUGGUUUUGAUCCACUUUUGAAGAAAAUAUAUUCUUUUUGUGAAGCAAAUGGUAUUAAGGCUUUGGAUAUGUAA